GUACAACAGCGAAGGAGUGAACACUACCUGAGUAUUGUUGUGCAAAUCUUUAGGCAUCGGCCCUAAUUUUUAUUGUUUUCUGUUAUUUGGUGAGUCCAUUUAACGCAUCCAGUUAUAUAUCAGUUUUUGUGGCUGGUAGUUUCCUCCUCUUGGCCCUCUAACCUCAACCAUGGGGGACUCUUCGGGGGGCGAGGGCCCCCCGACGGUUAGUGCAGCACAAGAAAAUGACAGUUUAUCCAAUGAUUCUCAAAAUCGUCCGUUGAACGCCAUUAUUUGUAACAUUUUGCCACCGGAUUGCAAAAAAACUGCUGAAGAUAUUUCCAGGCCCCAGUAUUUUGAUGUGCCCUCAGGUGAAGAGUUGUCAAAGUUAUCGGCAGAGAUCCAGAUUAUCAAGAAUCAGUUCGAGCAAGACGCUGAAAUCCUGCGGGAAGUUGCCAAAAUCUCCGCAAACAUAAGAAGGACAGUAAAUCGGAAAACAAAAUAUGAAAUCACCGACCAGGGGCCUUUUAUGGUGAUUCUGGAGGGGAUUACAAGUAAGGUGGGGACUCUUCAUCCUAUGAACUUUGGGAAGUUACUUCAAGCGCAGAAAGUUCAAGGUAUAUUGAAAAUUUCUAGAAAAGGAGCCAAUAAAAUCGGUUUGGAGUUUAACACCUCUGAGUCUGCAAAUAAAUUUUUAUCUAAUGAAACAUAUUCGACAGCUGGUGGGUAUAAUAAGUAUAUACCUCAAAGACUAGUCACUUGCCGAGGGUUGGUGAGGGACAUUGGUGACUUAAUUGAUGAGGAUGAUUUUUACUCUGAGGCAGAAGCCAAGGUUAACAUCGGAAGAUCGCUAAAGCGCGUUAAGAUUGUUAAUGUUCGCAGACUAACUAAAAGGGUCAAAUGCCCAGGUGUUCUGCCUGGCACUUUUGGUUUCAAGACAGUUCCAUCUAAUGAUUAUAUAAUAACAUUUGAUGGUAAAACUCUCCCAGAAUCAAUCAGUAUCUAUAAAAAUGAGUGUUCAAUCGAAAAAUAUGUUAGUCCUGUUGUCUUAUGUAUGAAUUGUUGCAGGUUUGGUCAUUGGAAAAACCAAUGUAAAAGCAAGGGUAGAUGUAGUUUCUGCGCUGGAGAUCAUCCAGUAUUUCAUUGUGAACUGAAAGAACAGUUUUAUAAGAAGAAACCAUGCCCGACAGACCACUUAAAUCAUGAAGGCUCUCAUCAGGCCACUGAUAGAUCAUGUCCGGAAAUGGACAGACAGAAGAAAAUCAAUGAGGCUAUGGCAUGGUACAACUUAUCCUUUUUUGAAGCGGCCAAACUCUUUCCAAGAGGCCCCAAAUCAAGUGAGUUUAAUCGCUCUAAUGAAAAUUUCCCUCCUAUUCAUAACACGGUUGCCCCCGUCUCUCAGCCUUCCCCUAGAUCUGCUUCUAAAACCUAUUCUGUCAUAGCAAAAAAGCGUAAGUCCCCCCAAAUAGAAUCAGGGUAUGAUAGGGACGCCCACAGGGAUUGUCUCGUGCCGCCGUUGACUAGGCAGAAGUUGAAUCACACUAGCAAAAGUCAAUCUUCUCCCUCAUAUUUAAAUGAUUUAUCGUCAGAGUCCGAGAUGGACACUGCUUCUCCAGGGGUUUCCUCCUCUGGUGAAUUUUGGUAUCGGUUUGAAAAUUUAAAGAAAAAAGUCUUGUCCAAUAUACCCAGUAAAAGUGCUUACCAUGAAAUUGAGAGUCUUUUUGACUCCCUGCCUCCUCCCGGAGGAUGCAGGUUUUAAUAUAUGAAUGUUCCCAGAUCGACAGUCAAAUCUUUCUGUUAAAAUUAGUAAUCUCUCAAUUAUUCAUUGGAACACUUGCGGUAUUAGAAGUAAUUGUGAUAGUAUUAUUAGACUUAUUCGUGACUUUGGUCCGGAUAUAGUCAUGAUUAAUGAAUCUUUUUUACUCCCAUGGGAAGAGACAUUUAUAAUUACCGAUGCCUCUAAGGGACCAGAUGAUAGAGUUGGCUUUGGAGUAUUUAUUCCGUUUCUCAAUGUUAGGGUCGGGCAUGGGUUGAAUAGCGCGUUUUGUAUUUGCUUUGCAGAAAUGGUAGUUAUUAGUUACGCCCUAGAUCUUAUAUUAGAUUAUAAUAUUAAACAGGCAGUAGUUGUCUCCGAUUCCAAAAGUGCCCUGCAGAGCUUCGGAUGCAGUGCGGUUGAAGCUUCCAACAGCUACAUUUUACUAGAUAUUAAAGCAAAGAUUGAUAUUUUAAAGCGCAGACUUGGGGGGAAAAUCCGAAAAAUCGACAUUUAGAACUUCUGAGAUUAGUCUCCUUCGCUGGAGAAGAUCCGAAAAUCCUCGACAUUUGGAACUUUAAAGUUUAGUCUCCUUCGCUGGAGAAGAUCUGACAAUCCUCGACAUUUGGAACUUCAAAAAUCAGUCUUCUUCGCCAGAGAAGAUACGAAAAUCCUCGACAUUUAGAACUUCAAUAUUCUGUCUCCUUCCUGGAGAAGAUCCGAGAAUCCUCGACGGAAGUCGGCAAUGGGCGAAUGAUCCUGGUAGUCGUGCCCAACAGUUAUCUGUGAAACGCAUCAUUGAACUUG